AUGGCUGGUGGGGUCAUUGCCUCCCUUUUGGUAUUGGCAGCGGCUUGGAGCGUCGCAUCACCAGAUUGGAUGGAUUGUCCAGGACCUUGUCGAUGCAAAUGGUCUUCCGGAAAGAAAAGCGCUUUUUGCAGAGAUGCGGGUUUAACAACGGUACCAACAUUAAAUGCUGACAUACAAGUAUUGGAUUUGACUCGUAACAUAAUACCUUUUCUAUCGAAGGAUUUAUUCAAAUCCAUCGGUUUACUUAAUCUUCAAAGGAUAUUUUUAAGAAAUAUAUCAUUGAAAGAAAUACAUCCGGAUGCAUUUCGUAAUCUCAGCAUCCUCGUUGAAAUUGAUUUAUCCGAAAAUAAAAUCGAUAAAAUACAUCCGAACACGUUUUACGGUAACGAUAGAUUGAGAUUUUUAAAUUUAAGCGGAAAUCCAUUGACGGAAUUAGUCGGAAAUCAAUUUCCACCGUUAAAAUAUUUAAAAACGAUCGAAUUGCAAAAUUGUUAUUUAAAUUAUAUAAACAAAGACGCGUUUGUUAACUUACCCCUUUUGGAAACGUUAAAUUUAAAUUCGAAUCAAUUGAACAACGUGACGGAAAACGUUUUUAAAUUGAUAAAAAAGUUAAAAACAUUAAAAUUGGAUAACAAUCCGUGGAAAUGCGAUUGCGCUCUAAGAGAUUUUCGGACUUGGUUACUCCAGAGUAAUUUAUAUUCCGUACCCUUGACUUGCAUGGAUCCCCCGUCAUUGUCCGGACUGCAUUGGAACGACGUGUCGACAGAAGAAUUCGCGUGCAGUCCGAAAGUAACGGUAACGGAAGUCAUGAUACAAGAAGAAGUCGGUAACAAUGUUACGUUUAAGUGUCACGUCACAGGAGAUCCGGAACCGGAUGUAAUGUGGUUGUACAAUGGUAAACCCGUGAACGGAACCGCAAACGAUCAAAUGUAUUACGAAGAAAAAGACGGUGGUUUGGAAAAAUGGGUCGUCAUGAGCAUAUAUAACGUCAGCGAAUUGGAUGCUGGAGAAUAUUCGUGUCUUGCUAAAAAUUUAAGAGGGAGUUCAAUUGGUAACCUCACGCUCAUGUUACCUGAAGUUAUUUCUGCAACCACUUUAAGCAAAACCGAAUCAUGGCUUUUAAUUGCAGGAUUAAUUGCCGGAGGUGUUGCAACGUUUUUUUCAAUAACGCUUACCCUAGUGUUCACAUUCUGCUUUUGCGGAAGGAAAAGACGUAGAAAACGUGGCCGUAGAAAAACGGAAUUGAAAGGAAGCGUGAGUUUUACGGAACAGGAAAAAAAAUUAUUAGAUGUUAGCAUAACAACGACAACGGAUCGUCCGUCGAAUUCGGAAAGCGUCGAACAAUUAAAUCAACCGGAUAUGGAAAUGAUGGAAUCCGCAAGCAUACCAUUGGAAUUGUGCGAACCCGUUCACAUAACGAUCGAAAGUCACGGAACUAAUAAUACAAACAUGGUUCCAUUAUCCGUACCAUUGACCGUUUUUCCACCUCCUCCAGAAUUUUCGACGAGCGUUUUACCCGCGGGAGCUUUCGGAAAUAUAUUUAUAUCCGUUUCCGUGAGUCAAGAACCGAGUUCCGAUACCGUUAUUAGAUAUCCAGAUUUAUUAGAUAUACCUCAUCGGUCGAAAAAUUCAUCGGCGAGAGUAAGCGUCGGUGGUGGUGGUGGUGGUGUUGGACCAUCGGAAGGAGGAUCAUUAACGACGUCACAGUCUUACGCCACGUUUCCAAGAAGGCCGAGACCGAAAUCCGUUACGGAAUCAAAUGAACCACAAGUUAGAUUGGGUCCAAUGUAUGAUAAUAUGGGUCCACGUGUUACGGCCGGUGGAAGUUCGACACUUUCUCUACCGGAAGUUGAAGAAUCGGAAAUUCCGCCACCUCCGCCUCCGCCUCCGCCUCCACUACCGCCAUCACUGUGUCUACCACUUUCAGUUGAUUAUAUAUCACUAUGA